GCGGAAACGGAAGCCGUUCAAAGAAGGGGCUCGGGUAGUUUCCCGCUGGAGGGGGAAAAAGUGGUACAACAUUGAAAAGGGCCGGUUGGAAACACCUCCCCCCAAAAAACCAAACAAGAAGGCAUGACAAAUCAAGGAAAGGACCUUGAAACAAAGAAGGCCCAAAAGAUAUAAGAAACCUGGCUUUUUAUUCCCCCCCCCCUCCUCUCUCCCCGAAGCGUGUCUUCUUCGGCGGUUUUCCUCUUCUCCUGGGAAUGUUCCCAAGAGAAGGUGAAAAAGCAUCUUGGAUCCAAUUUACAUCUUCGUCGACCACUAGUUCAAACAUGAAGAGACCCAAGUCACCUGGACCUGAAGCAGGUGGGGUCCGUGAGAGCAGUGGGGCGUCCCGGGGGGAAACUACACAGAAAUUCCUGAGUGUGGACCUUUAUAGCUCAGACAUGCAGCGCCAGUGCUUCAGACAGCUUUCCUACCAAGAGGGUGAGGUCCCCCGAGACGUUUGCAGUCGCCUCCAUGAACUCUGCCGCCAGUGGCUGAAGCCAGAGCAACACACCAAGGCUGAGAUGCUGGACCUGGUGAUCCUGGAGCAGUUCCUGAGCAUCCUGCCCCCAGAGAUGGGGAGCUGGGUCCGAGAGUGUGGGGCAGAGACUUGUUCCCAGGCGGUGGCCCUGGCAGAAGGCUUCCUCCUGAGUCGGGCAGAGGACAAGAAGCAGAAAGAACAGGAAGUUCAGUUAAUUCUCACUGCAUCAGACCCCACUCAGAGUCUCCAGGAGAAGAAGAUCAAGCAGGAGGGAAAUAAGGCUUUGUCUUUGCAGGGAGAUGGAAAGACACUGACAGCAAAUCCUCAGCUGUCUCUUCCUUUUGCUGCUGGAAUGGAAUCAACUGAGGAUCCUUUCACCUCUGAGGACGUGGCUGUCCAUUUCUCCCCGGCGGAGUGGGCUCUUCUUGAUCCUGAUCAGAGAAUCCUGCACACACAGAUCAUGGAGGAGACCCAUGGGAUUGUGGCCUUCCUUGCAGUUAACUGCCAGAGGACUAACGCCAAGCAUUUUGGGCACAAAGAGGAGCUUCCCAGACAUACAGAAAUCCACACAGAAGAGGAAAAUUCUGCCAUAGAGAGGCCUUUCAAAUUCAAUGAAGGAAUUGAAAAGCCACCUCUUGUGACUUACGAGAGACUCAACAUAGGAAAGAAAGUAUACAAAUGCCAGGAAUGUGGGAAGUGCUUUAGUCAGAGUUCAUCUCUUGUGAGCCACCAGAGAGUCCACACAGGGGAGAAACCAUACAACUGCCCAGAUUGUGGGAAAUGUUUUGCUCGCAGUUCACACUUGGCGCGACACGAAAAACUUCACACAGGAGAGAAGCCAUACCAAUGCCAGGAGUGUGGGAAAUGUUUUCCCCAAAAGAUGGCACUUUUGCUUCAUGAGACGCUCCAUGUUGGGAAAAACGAUUUAAAAAGUAAAACAUCAGGGAAAGGUGUUGAUUACAAAUUGUCAAAUCUGAGCCACCAAGAAAUCUUUGAAGGAAUUGAAGAGCCAUCUCUUGUGACAUACGAGAGACUCAACAUAGGAAAGAAAGUAUACAAAUGCCAGGAAUGUGGGAAGUGCUUUAGUCAGAGUUCAUCUCUUGUGAGCCACCAGAGAGUCCACACAGGGGAGAAACCAUACAAUUGCCCAGAUUGUGGGAAAUGUUUUGCUUGCAGUUCACAUUUGGUGAGGCACAAAAAACUUCACACAGGGGAGAAGCCAUACCAAUGCCAGGAGUGUGGGAAAUGUUUUCCUUCCAAGUCAUCACUUUUGAGACACCAGAGAAUCCACACAGGAGAGAAACCAUACAAAUGCCAGGAGUGCGGGAAAUGUUUUUCUCAAAAUUCAAGUUGUGUGAGCCAUCAGAGAAUCCACACAGGAGAGAAGCCAUACAAAUGCCAGGAGUGCGGGAAAUGUUUUGUUCGCAAUUCAUACCUUGUGAACCACCAGAGGCUGCACACAGGAGAGAGACCACGUAAAUGCCAAGGGUGUGGGAAAUGCUCAGAAUGCACAACUUCUAGGUCACUGCAGAACCCACACAGAAGAGAAAAUAGAGAAACACCAGCAGUGUGGAAAUGUUUUGAUCAGGAAUUGUACCUUGUGAGUGAAUAGAGAUUACACAUGGGUGAGAAAACAUGCACAUGUCAGGAGUGAGAAAAAUGUUUGUUCAGGGACAAUAUAUAGUUAAAUAUCAGGCUCCUGAGUAAAUUUCAAGUAUGUGGAACAUGUUUUUUUCUCAAAAGUCGUCUUUGUGAAACCGACUUCACACAAGAAACAAAUCAUUCAAAUAGCAAAAGUGUGGGAGGCACGAGAGACUCCACCCAGGAGAGAUGUAAGUCUUCUAAAGAAGACUGUUCCAUGUAGUCAAUAGUUCUUAGCAAGAGAACUUAUUGCCUCCAGAGAAGAUUACUAAGUAUUGGAGGAGAGUAUCAUAUGGCUUUGUUACAUGUCCUCAUGAAAGGAGGAGAAUGAAGAUUAUGGAGCAAUUGAAGAGAAUGAAAAAUGGGUGUUGGUAUGGAGUAUUCCAGUAAAGUUUAAAUUGUAAGAGAUGGAGCAAUUAUAUCCUUAUUCCUCAGGCAGCUUUGGGCUUACAUAGUAUGAGAAUCUGAGUUCAAGAGGCAGAUAUGUUUCAUGCACCCAUUUGUGUCUUCCAGUGUAAUGUGCAUUUUGAGUUAUUCCAAUUUCUUCUCUAUUUCAUUUUGAUGUUUUUUGCAUAUUUUUGUAGAAUGUACAAUGUUCUAUACUAGUAUUUGAAUUUCUAUAGGCUAAAUGAUAAUUUGAUAUGCCCCUGAACCGUGUAUACUAAGGAACUAUGUGUGUCUGUACAGAGCAAAAAUCAUAAUUUAUAAUAAAUACAAGCUUACCAA